AUGAAAGGAGACAUUGCAAAAGCAGGCCUCCACAAUGGCACUAGACAAGCCAAGGACCUGCUGCCCACAUCGGUGGAGAAGAUGGAGGAGCGGGGCCAGUGGAGCAACAAGGUGGAGUUCAUCCUGUCAGUCGCCGGCUCCAUCAUCGGCCUGGGGAACAUGUGGCGCUUCCCCUACCUCUGCUACAAGAAUGGAGGAGGUGCAUUCCUUAUACCCUACCUGAUCUUUCUGAUCACCUGUGGCGUUCCUGUUUUCUUCCUUGAAACGGCGCUGGGCCAGUACACCAGCGAGGGAGGCAUCACCUGCUGGAGGAAGAUCAGCCCCUUGUUUGAAGGUCUUGGCUAUGGCACCCAGGUGAUAGUGGCUCUGCUGAACUUCUACUACAUCAUUGUCCUGGCCUGGGGGAUUUUCUACCUGUACUUCUCCUUCUCCUGGGACCUGGCCUGGUCCACCUGCAACAACACGUGGAACACAGAAAACUGCGUGGAGUUCCAGAGAAGAAAUACUUCAAUCAACCAAACAAUCAACCUAAACGCCACCUCUCCUGUCAUGGAGUUCUGGGAGAGACGAGCUCUGAGGAUUUCUCCAGGCAUUGACCACAUGGGCUCUCUGAACUGGGACCUUGCUCUGUGCCUGUUCAUCGCCUGGGUCAUGUGCUACUUUUGCAUCUGGAAGGGGACUAAAUCCACAGGAAAGGUGGUCUACUUCACUGCGACCUUCCCCUAUAUGAUGCUGAUUGUGCUGUUGAUAAGAGGGCUCACGCUGCCCGGAGCUGCCAUCGGCAUCAAGUUCUACCUUUACCCAGACCUGGGACGACUAGCGGACCCACAGGUGUGGAUGGACGCCGGGACCCAGAUCUUCUUCUCUUACGCCAUUUGCUUAGGGUCUCUGACUGCGCUGGGAAGCUACAACAAGUACAACAACAACUGCUAUAGGGAUUGCCUGUCUCUGUGCUGUCUGAACAGUGGGACGAGUUUUGUGGCAGGCUUUGCAAUCUUCUCCAUCUUGGGUUUCAUGUCUUAUGAGCAGAAUGUUCCUAUCUCAGAAGUGGCAGAGUCUGGUCCCGGCCUGGCCUUCAUAGCUUACCCCCGUGCCGUAUCCAUGAUGCCUUUCUCUCCUCUGUGGGCCGCCCUCUUCUUCAUCAUGAUCGUGUUUCUGGGGCUGGACAGUCAGUUUGUGUGCGUCGAGAGCCUUGUGACGGCAAUCGUGGACAUGUACCCUGCUGUGUUCCGCCGUAAAAACCGCAGGGAGCUCUUCCUGUUGGCUGUCAGCCUCUUCUCCUUCUUCAUGGGCCUCAUCAUGCUGAUGGAGGGGGGCAUGUAUGUCUUCCAGCUUUUUGAUUACUAUGCAGCUAGCGGCAUGUGUCUCCUCUUCAUGGCUAUCUUUGAGACUGUCUGCAUCGCCUGGGUCUAUGGUGUAGAACGCUUCUAUGAUAACAUCGAGGACAUGAUUGGCUACCGCCCAGGGCCCUACAUCAAGUACUGCUGGUUGUUCUUCACCCCGGCUACAUGCAUUGGUACGUUUGCCUUUUCCCUCAUCAAAUACACUCCUCUAAAGUACAACAAUGAGUACGUGUACCCGUGGUGGGGCUACGUCAUUGGCUGGCUCCUGGCUCUCUCCUCCAUGAUCUGCAUCCCGCUUUGGAUGGUGUACAAGCUCAGCACCACCCAGGGGACAAUGAAAGAGCGCAUCAAGCUACUCACCACACCCUGCGACAGCUUACCCAAAACCAAGAGGGAGCAGGAGAGGUCACUGGCCAUUUUUGCUCCUGAGGUCGAACUCAGCGUGAACAAAAAUGGCUACUACCCAGUUCCAGAGAAAGACUCCAACUUAUGA